ACAAGUCAGCCGGCGAUAACGAUUACAUGUUUACGAGUACGCCGAGUGUUGAUUGUAUUCGCUUUUGUUACAUUAUUAAUUUAAACUGUGGCUUUUAAGUGCGCCGGGAGUUGUGAGAGCAGCUUAUCAAAGUCCGCGUUCUAAAUCUUAUCUGUCCAGCCGUUUAGUACGUUGCGAUUACGUCGAUUGCGCAACAAUUUGAUUGUACGGCCCGGAGAGUCUGAAACUGCAGCGAAUAACAGCACAUUACAGUUAUCAGUUAGAGUUAGGACGCGGAUGACGCUUACAGCUCUUUUGUCCGGAGAUUUCUCGCCUUCUCGGGGUUCCAGUGUCUGUUGUAUUGUUCCAGAUUGGUGACAAACAGUUUCGUCUCUCGUUUCCAGUCGGUUCAUUCAUAAUAAAUAACAAGUUGUAAAAUGUUCGCCCUCCGACGCACCGCCGCCAUGAUGACGUCGGUCCACCGGCAGACGCAGUUCACCCAGGCAGUUUUCCGGGCCAAUUUCGCCAUCGGCGCCGCGAUGGCCCAGAAGAUCCCUGCCGGACCCGUGGUGGAUGUCCUCGGUGACGAGAUGACCCGCAUCAUCUGGGACUCGAUCAAGAAUAAGCUGAUCCUGCCCUUCCUGGACAUCGAGCUGCACACCUACGAUCUGGGUAUUGAGUAUCGCGACAAGACUGAGGACCAGGUGACCAUUGACUGCGCUGAGGCCAUCAAGAAGUACAAUGUCGGCAUCAAGUGUGCCACAAUCACCCCCGACGAGAAGCGCGUGGAGGAGUUCAAGCUGAAGAAGAUGUGGAAGUCGCCCAACGGCACAAUCCGUAACAUUUUGGGAGGCACCGUCUUCCGUGAGGCCAUCAUCUGCAAGAAUGUUCCCCGUUUGGUCACCGGCUGGCAGAAGCCCAUCGUCAUUGGCCGCCACGCCCACGCCGAUCAAUACAAGGCCGUGGACUAUGUCGUUCCCGGUCCCGGCAAGCUCACCCUCACCUGGAAGGGUGCUGAUGGUCAGGUGAUCGACGAGGUGAUCAAUGACUUCAAGGGCCCCGGCGUCGCCCUGGGCAUGUUCAACACGGACGACUCCAUCGUGGACUUUGCCCACGCCUCGUUCAAGUUCGCCCUGGACCGCCAGCUGCCGCUGUACAUGAGCACCAAGAACACCAUUCUGAAGAAGUACGAUGGCCGCUUCAAGGACAUCUUCGAGGACCUGUACAACAAGCAGUACAAGAAGGAGUACGAGGCGGCGGGCAUCUGGUAUGAGCACCGCCUCAUCGACGACAUGGUGGCCUAUGCCAUGAAGUCGGAGGGUGGCUUCGUGUGGGCUUGCAAGAACUACGACGGUGAUGUGCAGUCCGACUCCGUGGCCCAGGGAUACGGCUCUCUGGGUCUGAUGACCUCCGUCCUGCUCUGCCCCGACGGCAAGACCGUGGAGGCUGAGGCCGCUCACGGAACAGUGACGCGUCACUUCCGCUUCUACCAGCAGGGCAAGGAGACCUCCACCAACCCCAUUGCCUCGAUCUUCGCCUGGACCCGAGGCCUGCUGCACCGCGCCAAGCUGGACAGCAACGAGCCGCUGAAGCAGUUCGCUGAGACCCUGGAGCAGGUGUGCAUCGACACCAUCGAGGGCGGCGCCAUGACCAAGGAUCUGGCCAUCUGCAUCAAGGGCAGCAUCAGCGCCGUAGAGCGCAAGGACUACCAGGAGACGUUCGAGUUCAUGGACACGCUGGCCAAGAACCUGGAGGCCGCCCUGGCCAAGAACGCUGCCGCCGCCAAGUGACUAGCCGGCGCACAGUCCGAGCCGCAGGCCUCGCACCUCUAGGGAACCACCCAGCGAAGCCUCGUCCUCGUCACCAUAUUCACUAUAUUUCCAUUCGUUUAUGUAGAUGUGUGUGUCCUAGGCUAACAACAUGUUUUACUCUGUUUCAUUGUCUCUGCGAGACGCCAAAACCCCUGAUUUCCCCUUAACGUCUUACGGAAAAGAAAUUUCAAAUAAAUGUAUUUUUAUACCGGA